GUUUCAUUCGACGCAAGGUAGCGUGUGAGUGGAAGCGCUGAGAACUCACCUCACUAUCGCAGAGGAGGCUGUUGAGACGGUGUCAAUCCACACACACACACACCAACCUCUCUUUCGGUCCAUCCCGAUCGAAACCCGAACGCUUCCAUUCUGCAGGUUUUUUUACUCUCUUCCCUCUCGGCCGACUGAACGGAUUAUAAACCACACGACUUUGGGGUCGAAACGACUCUGCAAUCGAGUCAGUCCAUACCACCCAUCUGGACAAGGACGUCUACCUCGACUCCUCCUCCUCCUCCUCCUUUGUCCAUUCGUGGGGCACGUUCGUGAUCUCCCACCUUCGGGCACAUACAUUCGUACCAUAGGCCGCGCCAUCUUCCUCGGACAGCCGCAUCCAUCAUGUUCACCUCUCGCCCAGUCUUCGGGUACAGUCGUAGAGCUGUCAUCAUCACCGCAGCAUCGACCGUAGCCCUCACCUCGACAUAUGUCUACCUCUCUUCACCCGCCCGACUCGAUUCUUCCUCCUCUACACCCGUGACCAAACGACGUCCAGGUCCAUUAUGGUCACCCCCAUCCCGGUCUCAGAUGCUGGCGCAUCUCAAGACUUCAGGCAUAUAUAUUCAACGGACUUCUGAGGGUGGUCCUGAACCUGGUCCAGUCCUCUCAAGGGAAGGGGACGACUUAGAUGCCUCAAGCUCAGACGAUGUCUUUGAUCUGCUCAUCGUCGGUGGAGGAGCUACUGGGGCAGGGACAGCCUUGGACGCUGCGAGUAGGGGAUUGAAAGUUGCCUGUGUAGAAAGGGACGAUUUUGCCAGUGGAACCAGUAGUAAAAGUACAAAAUUGGUUCAUGGAGGCGUGAGGUAUCUCCAAAAGGCAGUUAUGGAGCUGGAUUAUGAGCAAUGGAAACUUGUCAAGGAAGCUCUGAGGGAAAGAAGGAUAUUCCUGGAGACGGCUCCGCAUCUCUCGUCCAUGCUUCCGAUCCUCCUGCCAAUUUACACUUGGUGGCAAUUGCCAUACUACUACGCAGGGUGUAAACUAUACGAUAUCCUAGCUGGGAAAGAGAAUAUGGAAAGCGCGUACUGGAUGGGCAAGGGUAAAGCUCUCGAAGCAUUCCCAAUGUUGAAGAAGGAUGGGUUGGUGGGCGGUGUAGUCUACUACGAUGGUCAACACAAUGAUUCGCGGAUGAAUAUCUCACUCAUCAUGACGGCGGUUCAGCAUGGGGCUAUCGUAGCGAAUCACACCGAGGUGACGAGACUGCACAAAAAGUACGAUCCAUCCAAGGGGUGCGAGCGAAUUUAUGCCGCUACCUUGAAGGACAACAUGACAAACGAAGAGUUCAUCGUCAAGUGUCGAGGAGUCAUCAACGCCACUGGACCCUUCAGUGACGGUCUAAGAAAACUCGAUGAACCCACAACGCAGGAGAUUGUUGCCCCCUCCGCCGGAGUCCAUAUCACCUUGCCUAAUUAUUAUGGCCCCAAAACCAUGGGUCUCCUAGAUCCUGCUACUUCAGACGGUCGAGUCAUCUUCUUUCUCCCAUGGCAAGGCAACGUUAUAGCCGGUACGACAGACUCUCCGACACCAGUCUCGCAGAAUCCUGUUCCUGCUGAAAAGGACAUCCAGUGGAUCUUGGACGAAGUGAGAAAUUACCUCAGUCCCGAUGUCAAAGUCCGACGAGGAGACGUCUUGUCAGCUUGGAGUGGAAUCAGACCGCUUGUCAGGGAUCCAGCGGCGAAAAACACCCAGAGUCUAGUCAGGAACCACAUGAUCAACGUGUCAAAGUCGGGGCUGUUGACCAUUGCCGGUGGCAAGUGGACCACAUAUCGUGCAAUGGCUGAGGAGACUGUCGAUCAAGCCAUCAAGGAAUUUGACCUCAAGCCCAAUGGACCUUCUCAAACGGAUCAUAUCAAGCUUCUUGGGGCUCAUGCUUGGUCAAAGACAAUGUACAUCAAGUUGAUUCAACAGUUUGGCCUGGAGACCGAAGUCGCCAAACAUCUCGCGGAAUCAUACGGUGACCGAGCGUGGGAUGUGGCAAGUAUGGCAGACCCGACAGGCUACUCGUGGCCGGUGCACGGGAUCCGAAUCUCCCCCUUGUAUCCUUACAUUGAAGCUGAGGCUCGUUACGCCUGUCGAAAGGAAUACGCUUUGACGGCAGUGGAUUUUAUCGCUCGACGAACACGAUUAUCGUUCCUCAAUGUCAGAGUCUCACUCGAAUGUCUACCGAGGAUCGUUGAUAUCAUGUCGGAGGAAUUGGGUUGGGACACUAAGAGGAAAGAAAAGGAAUUUGACAAUGCUCAGGAAUUCCUGAGAUCCAUGGGAUUGCCAGAGGGCGCCAAACUCAAGCUGUCUGAAGUCGCUCGAUCAAAAUCGAUUGGACCGAUUUCUAUCCCUCAGAGAGAAGAUCAACAAUUGUUUGAGCGUGCUCAGUUUAGUCCGGCUGAAGUCAGUCAUCUCAAGACUCAAUUCCAUCAACUCGAUUUCGACAACGACUCACGUAUCACACGAGCCGAUCUCCUCAAAGCCAUGACUCAAAUGGGCUACGAUGCGUCCGCCGAAACGGCCGAUAACAUUCUGAGAGAAGUCGAUUUCGGACGUAAAGGUGCCAUCGAGUUUCAAGAUUACCUCGAUAUCGCAGCUGGCUUGAAAGAAUUACACCUUGAAAAUGCAUUCACUCACCUCGCUCGAAUGGAUUCAAGUCGACAGAUCUCCAGCGGAAACGAUAAUGGAGCGAUUGGGAAACACGCCAAAGAUUCGCAAGAAGAGAAUGGAGAGAGAGGAUCAAGGAGGAAGAUCCCAGUGGAGAGAUCCGGUGGAGGUACCUAGAACGUUGGUGAUGGGGCCGAACGAACCUGCGUGUGGUUUCGUAGUUUUUGACAACACUUGUCUAUAUUGUGAUCUUUGUGGAAUCGCUUUCGACGACGACCUUGUCAUGCAGUGUCUGUCAAACUUUGCACGAGU